AUGCCACACAAAGUGAACGACUCCAACUCCACGCUCGCCAGCCGAGGCAGCAGCAACCAAGUCGUACCCACCGAAGUCCGGAAUUCAGCCCGAGCUAAUGCACACCCCCCAGCAGCCAAUCCCGUCCGCAAACCUCCGGUCAUCAUCCACAACAAGGGCGGCCAAAUAUACGAUGAAACACGGCCAUCAGACUGGGACAAGCAACGCUGGAAAUAG